AUGCGCAAAGGCUACGCCCUGAGCAGGAUCAUUGGCUGUGCCGACCUUUUCAGCGGCUGUUCUAGUGGCACGGGAACCUGCAGGACUCCGGUCAUAGGUGGACUCUCACGAAGGGGCGGUAAGGAGCGCGAUCGCCGCUGCACUGGUCUAGGGUGUGGCUGGUCGUUAGUCUGGCCAGUUGGUCAACUCACAUUCUUCUGCGGUAUAUUAUUGUCGUUCGUCUUCCGAACCGGUGGUAACUACGGUGUUCUUUCGUUCUGCCGACUCGGAGCCCGAGAUCAUCGCCCCCGCAGUGGCUGA